AUGACCGCGAUGGAGCUCGCCACCGCCUCGCAGUACUCCAUCGGCGUCAAGAUCCUCGUCCUAAACAAUGAGUUCCAGGGCAUGGUCCAACAGCUUCAGGAUCUCUUCUACGAAAAUCGCCACUCGCACACGCGCAUGGUCAAUCCAGACUUUGUGCUGUUGGCGAGGUCGAUGGGCGUGCAUGCGAUUCGGUGCGAGAGGAUGGAGGAUCUGGAGAGCAAGAUGAAGGAGUUUUUGGAGUAUGAUGGGAGUCGGCCGGUCUUGAUGGAGUGUUUGGUGGAGAAAAACGAGCAUGUGUUCCCCAUGGUCCCCGCUGGCACGGCGCUGCACGACCAGCUGCUACACCCCAACCUGAGAGAAACCGCGAAGAAGUCAAAUUGA